CGGUAGCCCGGCGGGCGGGGCCUCCUCGGACCGUAGAGCCGCUCCUCGCGCGGCGCCGCCCUCCUCCUCGCCACCUCCCUCUGAUGUGGUUUGUGGUAUCCCUGAAAGGACAGAGGGUGUCCUCCGGGGUCUGGGCCCUGACAGGCGGCCAAGAGCGCGAGUACCCGUGGGCGUGCGCGCGUGGGAGGCGGCUGCACUCUUCCUGAGGGGGCCCAGCGGCUCCAGAGGAUUCCCCGGUCCAGCCGGGACGCGCACCGGCCGUGGACUGGGCCAGGGCGCGCGCGAGGAAGCGGCGGCGGCGGGAACCCGGGACCCCAGGCCGCGCAAGACAGCCCCGAGGCGCCUCGCCCACGCUCGCGCCCCUCCCCCCUCCGCUUCCUUCUUCUGCUCAGCGCGCCGGAGAGCGCAGGCCGGAUGCGAACCCGGGCCAGCCUAAGGUCGUUCAACUUGGCGGCUCCCGGCCUGCUGCCCGCGCGCUACUUGUGAGGCGUGGCCGGGUGAAGGAGGCGCUUGGGGGGCGUGGGGCUCCCCAGCUGGCGGCGGCGACCGAGAGGGCGCUCGGGACAAUGAGCUGGGCAGCUGCGCGCUGCGGCCGCCUUUAGCUGGCAGAGCGGGUCCACCUGCGAGCAUGGCCCGGAUGCCGGAGCCAGGUGUCCCGCUGCUUUAAGGCCGGACCGAGCGCCUAGAUCGCGGCGCGCUGCUGCCGGGGCGGCGGGGACGUUCUUUUAUUAAUUCAUUUAUUUGUGGAGACCUCUCCGAGCAGCCGCGAUGGCCAGCACCAGGAGCAUUGAGCUGGAACAUUUUGAAGAACGGGACAAAAGGCCGCGGCCAGGGUCGCGGAGAGGAGCUCCCAGCUCCUCCGGGGGCAGCAGCAUCUCUGGCCCCAAGGGCAACGGGCUCAUCCCCAGCCCGGCGCACAGUGCUCACUGCAGCUUCUACCGCACGCGGACCUUGCAGGCCCUCAGCUCGGAGAAGAAGGCCAAGAAGGCGCGGUUCUACCGGAAUGGGGACCGCUACUUCAAAGGCCUGGUCUUUGCGAUCUCCAGCGACCGUUUCCGUUCCUUCGAUGCGCUCCUCAUAGAGCUCACCCGCUCGCUGUCUGACAAUGUGAACCUGCCCCAGGGCGUCCGCACAAUCUACACCGUAGACGGCAGCCGGAAGGUCACCAGCCUGGACGAGCUGCUGGAAGGUGAAAGUUACGUGUGUGCCUCCAACGAACCAUUCCGUAAAGUUGACUACACCAAAAACGUUAACCCGAACUGGUCUGUGAACAUCAAGGGUGGUACUACCCGCACCUUGGCCGUGGCCUCGGCCAAGAGUGAGGUGAAAGAAAGCAAGGACUUCAUCAAACCCAAGCUCGUGACUGUGAUUCGAAGUGGGGUGAAGCCUAGAAAGGCCGUGCGCAUCCUUCUGAAUAAAAAGACUGCCCAUUCCUUUGAGCAGGUCCUAACGGAUAUCACCGAAGCCAUUAAACUAGACUCCGGCGUGGUGAAGAGGCUGUGCACCCUGGAUGGAAAGCAGGUUACUUGUCUGCAAGACUUUUUUGGAGACGAUGAUGUUUUUAUUGCAUGUGGACCUGAAAAAUAUCGUUAUGCCCAAGAUGACUUUGUCCUGGAUCAUAGUGAGUGCCGUGUCCUGAAGUCAUCUUAUUCUCGGGCCUCAGCUGCUAAGUAUUCUGGAUCCAGAAGCCCAGGGCUCUCCCGCCGCAGCAAGUCACCAGCUUCAGUGAAUGGAACUCCCAGCAGCCAGCUUUCCACUCCUAAGUCCACCAAGUCCUCCAGCUCCUCUCCAACCAGCCCGGGAAGUUUCAGAGGACUGAAGAUUUCUGCUCAGGGCAGAUCUUCUUCCAAUGUAAACGGUGGGCCCGAACUUGACCGUUGCAUGAGUCCUGAAGGCGUGAAUGGAAACAGGUGCUCCGAGUCAUUCACUCUUCUGGAGAAAUACAGAAUCGGGAAGGUCAUCGGAGACGGCAACUUUGCCGUAGUUAAAGAAUGUAUGGACAGGUCCACUGGAAAGGAGUUUGCAUUAAAGAUUAUUGACAAAGCCAAAUGCUGUGGAAAGGAACAUCUGAUUGAGAACGAAGUGUCAAUCCUGCGCCGGGUGAAGCACCCCAACAUCAUCAUGCUGGUUGAGGAGAUGGAAACAACAACUGAGCUCUUCCUAGUGAUGGAACUGGUCAAAGGUGGAGAUCUCUUCGACGCGAUCACUUCUUCAACCAAGUACACCGAGAGAGAUGGCAGUGCCAUGGUGUACAACCUAGCCAGCGCCCUCAGAUACCUGCACGGCCUCAGCAUCGUGCACAGAGAUAUCAAACCUGAGAAUCUGCUGGUGUGCGAAUACCCAGACGGAACCAAGUCGCUGAAGCUGGGAGACUUUGGGCUGGCGACGGUGGUUGAAGGCCCGUUGUACACAGUCUGUGGCACCCCAACUUACGUGGCACCCGAGAUCAUUGCUGAAACAGGUUACGGCCUGAAGGUGGAUGUUUGGGCAGCUGGUGUGAUUACGUACAUUCUUCUCUGUGGAUUCCCACCGUUCCGGAGUGAGAACAACCUCCAGGAGGAUCUCUUUGACCAGAUCUUGGCCGGAAAGCUGGAGUUUCCAGCUCCCUACUGGGACAACAUUACAGACUCUGCCAAGGAUGAUGCAUCCCAGGAGAAUAAUAUGCAAGCCGAGGUUACAGGUAAACUAAAACAGCACUUUAAUAAUGCGCUCCCCAAACAGAACAGCACCACCACUGGGGUCUCCGUUAUCAUGGUAAGUGGAUGCAGAGCUCUGCCCCGGAGAGCUGGGGGCAUCUGGCCUGGCUGCUGAGCUGGAGUUGUGUUCUGAGCUAGACAGGCAGGGUUCUGCUCAUGGAAGCAGGUGCCUUCCAUGUUCUGUUUCCACGGGAGCAUUGACUGGCAUGUGAAGGGUGCUUUUGGCCCUGUUCCCUAGACUCUGCAUGGCAGCUAGGGGCUGUGGUGGAAGACACAGAACCGCAGUGAUAGGCAGGUGACAGGGGGCUCAGGCUGGGGCUUGCCUCACCUCUCAUAGCUGCAGUUACAUCUAGGGAGAGAUCGCAGCCGACAGCAUGGGCAGUGUCAGGAAAUAAGGCCCUGCCUCUGACUGACGUGUGAUUGCUUUUGUGCUCAGGAUAGGAAACAGCCAAGUUAACAAAUUUCACCUUUUAAAGAUUGUUUGGUUAAAAUAAAAAUAGUUGGUGUGUUUUUAAACCCAUAGAAGUAUUUAAAAAAAAAAAACGCAGACUGUUUUUCAUGGUUAGAGUUUUAUUUUAAAAGUAGUAAUGAUAUUUUUGUACUUCUUCCAAAAUACGUAAGGUCAUGAGUCUGAAUAUUUAAACACAAAAAAUAAAAAGUAGCAUUAAGGAGAGCCAAAAGAAAGUACAGGACAGAAAAAUAAACCCCAGUGAGGUCACUGAUGUCAGGGAGCUGCUCUUAGUAUCUCCCACCUGCUAGUCAGCCCAGGUCUCCAACAGCCAGCGGUGCCACUGUCCUCCUGCCCACCCACAGCAGACAUAGGGCCAGGGGCGUGGAUGUUGGGAACUUGCCUCUCCAAGGGGCAGGUGCCUGAGAUAGGCCAUCCCUGCAGCUCUGUCAUUUGCUUCCAGAGCUGCCUCUUGCUCCUCAGGAGAGGUUCUCAGUAUUCCUCCCUACGCUACAGGGAAGUGGACUCAUUCUCACUGCACAGCGUGGUCUAGGAAUGUCAGGAAAAUGUGGCAGUCCAGGAAGCCACAGAGUGCACACACCCUGUAGGGACACAAAUCUUCUGCUAUGGGUUAAGCACCUGCCCCAUUCCUGGUCCCUGCUAUCUAUGAUCUGUUCCCUCCCUCCACGGGUUCAUUUGGUAGGCCCCUCCCAUUGCCCUCUAGACUUCCCUGCUCAGUUUCCUCCCCACACAGCUUGAGUGCACAAGCUGGGCUUUGCGCUCCCUUGUAGGACUUUGGGGUGCUCCUUGAUGAACACAGGAAGGCCGGAGUUGGGGCUUUUCCUACCACUGUAGCAACGUUUUUCUGAAAACCGGAGAAAGGCCGAGCUGUCACAGAAUCAUGGCUUCCGUCCCCUGAAGCCCACACCAGGAGGACACUUCCCAGGGGUUCUCUGAAGACCCAGCCCGUGAGCAGAAGCAGUGCGCGUGUGCACCAUGCACGGUGUUGUAGGCCUCUUCUGUGGAAGUGGGAGAAGAAACCAUUAAGAGUCUGCCUUUGUGCAAAGGUUGCAGCUCAGGGACUGUGUGUGCACUCAGCAUGUGCGUGUGCCCCAAUAACCUCCCCAAAUAUAUAUUCAGCGUCUAGUAAAGACUUGAAGAGAUUUGAUGGCGUCAGAACUUCUAUCUUCUGUCCAUUAGCUUUCCAAUCUUCCAAGACUUGUAAGUUUUGCAGCCCUGUGUCCGGCACUUACGAGACUUUAUCCAGUGGGUCACUGGAGUUAAUGGCCAUCAGGCCUGCUCUCUGCCCGCUGACCACCUCCGCUGAGGGUCUAGAAUGAUUGACAGUGUUCCCUAGGGCCCAGUGUAAGCUGUGUUGUGGAUAAUACCUCAGAGGACCUAUCACCACGUACAGAUAGCGUCUUCCCCUUGCUAGUGGAGCUAGUCGGAUGUCAAACCCUUGAGUUUUAACGGAGUGUGCCUGAGACUGAACAAACCUUAAGAAGGCGACUGUAUAAACACUGUGUUGACAUAUAUGCAGGAGCUACCUGGCACACGUCGGUGACAUCCAGCUAACCACAUUCUCUGCCUAAGUUUGCAGAUUGUGAGCACUAGGACCUGCCAGUGGUCUCACUGCCUUGAGAAUCUACUGGACAUAUUCCUGGGACUUGUUUCUGGCAGUCUCUGUUUCUCAAUGGCUCAAAAGGCAGCUGGCCAAAUUUUGACUUGGCCUUAAAAGUAGCAAACAGCUUCUUGCUUAUCCUUCCCCAAGUCAGGGCUGGGCCUAUGUGUGGCUGCUGGGUAGGACUUGUGACACACUUCUGGGCCCCGUGUCAUAUGUAUCAUAACUGUACAACUGAGAACAGUUUUGAAUUGUUUUCAUAUUUAAAAGAACUACAAAAUGCCUGUCUCUGGCAUGAGUUUGUCAUUCCUAAAUAUAUGGUCUCGGUAGCAGAAGAGUAGGUGUGUUUUUGUAGCUGAACGGUUAUUGAUCGGUGUGCAUAUUUAAGGAUGAGGUCCUUCUGUCUCCUGUCACCUCAGCAUUCUCCCCAAAGCAGGUGCCCGAGGCCCCAGUGGAUAGUAUGCUAGGGCGGGGCUGACUCAGAAAGGGGAAAGACACUAAAGUGACACUGUUGUCUGCAUUUCGUUUGACAGUUUGAUUUGACAGUUUGAGAGACACUUCAGAGUUCUGUUCUCUCCCCAGUUGAGACUAUGGGAGAUCCUGAAGCGCAUCCCGGUACUCAGCACGCUGUGCUCAUGACAGCCACACCUAACUUUCAGCCUCUCUUCCAGCUGCAUGCUUUGUCUCAGCCUCAGGCCUCAGCUUCCUGCUGGUACUGCGGGUCCUCUGAACCCACUGACCUCCUGGCCAGCCCAGCCCAGCACGCCUUUGGGGAGCUCUGUGCUAGACUUAGCGUGUCAGGAGCGGGACGGCAGCUCUGUUUACAUAGGCGAAGGGCAUCUUCCUGCAAGUGAAAGCAGGGGAUGAGUAUCUCCAUGAGGUUUCAGGGCUUUGUCCAGAGCUGCCGUUUUAUCUAGCCUCCAGGAUAACGACACGAUCAUAUCAGAAAGAGUUUCAGAGAGGCUGAUCGCUCUGGGUCGCACUUCAGCUUUUACUGAGUUUCCAGCACAAUGCUUAGUGAGCUGAUGAAGGGCAGUGUAUUCCCCAGGUGGCUUCUUUUUUCCCAGUGAGGGACUGGGAAAAAAAACCUCAGAAACCAGAAGGGGGCCAUCUUGUGGCAGAGAAGGGAAUGACAAGAAAGCCAGAAAGACACCUCCUUCCUUGCUCUUACAGAGGGAGAAAUGUUAGUCAAAGGGUAAUUUUUUUCCACCCAGAGGCUCUUUGCUUACUUUGGGGGGAUGGACGGGGACUUGGGGUUCUUUCCUUAUUUAAGACAGACAAGACUGUUAAUCGUGUCGCUUCUGUUGAAAGUAAGUCUAGUUUCUGUCCCUGCUUCUCUCCCCUCCUGCCUCUCCCGCUGCUGCAUUGCUCCCCCUGACUAGGUCCAAGGCCAUGGUACGUACUAACUGCACCGCGAGCGACCUUCCCUCUGCCGUGCAUGCUCUGCUCGUGUUCUCUUGGCCAGAAGAGAAGAGGGGAAAUAAUCGGGCUGUGUGGUUCUCCUUUACUGGGAGGAAGUCCGUGGUAGGAAUGAGUGUUUGCUCUAUCUCUUGAGAGUGUUGCUGGGGUGGAGUGGUCCGGACUGAUACCAGCAGCAGAGCUAAGUUUCAGAGCAGGCUUUUCCCACUUCCCCCAGUAACUGUCCUCCGAAAGUUAUGGGUGCUCAGCUUUAGACUGCCAGGAGCUAUGGGGAGCACAGCCUGGAGGCCACCAGCCGUCAGACUGGGGAAGCGUCACCCGAGUUUUCUCCAUCCUUUAGUGUACUUGUUAGUUCAUCUGUACUGGCACAGUCCUCAGCCUAUGGAGUUAGACUACAAAAUGCCUCCCGGUCCUUUCAUCGUAUAGCUGAAGUGGUACCCAAGACCCGCAGUCCCCCCAUUUGUCGUGAACCCAGUAAAUGGCAGUUGCUGGCUCCCAGGGCACAUGAGGCCCAGUGAGGCAAAGAAGGCUCCAUGCCUGGGUAACCCCGGGAUGGGUCAGAAGGCGAGUACCUUCCUCUCGGGGCCUCUGCACCCUCGAGGAGGUAAGAAGACAAGACCAGGAAGACAGCAGAGUGUAGGCGUCUCUCGUAGGGGGAGGGGCAGGCAAGGACACCAUGGAGGAUGUAUAUGUUUGCUACUAUCCCAGCGGAUUCCUGGGCAUAUUGCAUAUGCCCUGGGAUGUAAGGGCAUUCUUAUGACAGCUGAGUACCAUAUCCCUGGGGCAAUAACUUUCUUUAGCUAAGAGUACUAGCCAAGCUCGUGUAGCUGGUGGAGACUGGCGAUGGGUAUGGGUAUAAGCAAGACACUCAAAAUUCAGGUGCAGCCACCUUUGUAGGCCCAGCUGGCAUAGUUCUAGAGCCGUGUGUCCCACCAUUCCUCCCCUGCUACCAGCACAGGCUGGGAUAAGGAAGGGCUGCCUGGCCUAUUUCUCCUCUUCUGUUUCUGUGUCCUGUGCAUGCUGUGUCUUGCUCUCUGAUCCUGGUAGUGUGAUGGAGCCAGGCCUGGGUGAUGUGUUAUCUCUGCUCUCUCCCCAGAACACGGCUCUAGAUAAAGAGGGGCAGGUUUUCUGCAGCAAGCACUGUCGGGACAGCAGCAAAUCAUCCAGGGAGCAGACCUCAGCCCGGGAGGCCCCGCCCCCACCGGAGUCUCCCAGGCCCCCUGGUCCUCCAGCCACCUCUGGCUGUGAUCCUGCCGGGACCUGGCGUCGCCAUCGAGACUGAACUGUGUGUCCACAGGCCAAAGCCGCUCUCUCACCGUGCCAGGAAGGCCGCUCCUCACCAGGCCCCAUCACCUCCUCACUGAAAGAGCCCUUCUCUCCUGACUGCUGCUUUGACAGUUUGUUGGCAUGUUCAGUCGCUGCCUGAGAACAGAACUGAGGCGUCCUGGAGCCAGUGUGCAGCAUGGCCUCAUGCACUUUGGGCUCUGCCCUUUCUAGUUACUGGCUGUGUCAAGCAAGCUGUGCCAGUCAUGGGGACAGAUUUGGAGUGACUUGUUUUAAAUCAUCUGUGUUUUAGUCCAGUAGACACUUGGCCGCUUUCCCCAGAGAGUGUGCAACUUCAUCUGGAACUACAUCGUUUUUAUAGAAAUGCAUUGGAUGAAUUAGGAUUCUCCUUAUCGAAGGACGCUCCCAAGUGCUCCCUCAGGACACAACUAUCCGUUCUGUGAGAGGCAACAUGGUCUCUUCCUCUACUUAGUGGGUUUGAGGCACUUGACUUCUGAAUAGAAGUGAGUCCUUGAGAGGGUCAGCAGCUGCCUCUGGGAUUCCUGACUUUGGGAACUGCAUUCUGAUGCCUCAGGAAGCAGAUCCCCUCCCGCAGGGUGCAGGGCUCACAGACCUAGCAGACAUGCCCUCAGUUUCCCCUGACUUCCCCUAUGUGUGUUUUAGGAAAUGCUAAUGGAGUUGGCCUGUGGGCUGUGGAAUGUGCAGCAGCUCUUGGCAGAGCAGGGUCAGCUCUGCUGUGUCAUCACCAGGGUCUCCUCUCACCUCUGCUCUUUGUCACGAGCAGGCAGAAAGCCAUUUGCUGCAGGUCUGCUGAGACCCAGCGGGGACUGGGGCGCAUGGUGCUCCUUGAAUGUCCUGUGACCAAUCUUCUGGAAGGCUGCUGGCAGUUUUUCCUGUUUUCCACCACCCCACUCUUUUUAAUAAUUGUACAUAUAACUGUAUUUGUUUUACUUGCUUGUCUUCGAAACGGGUGGACCCCGCAGUUCACUCUCACUGUUAGGUUUUGCCUUCUCCAGGUAUCCCCAACCUGCAAUAAACCCUUCCUCUUCAGAAAA